UACUGUAAAUGGACGUUCUGUUUCCCAGAAACCACAUGAUCAUUACGUGCAAACUGAGAGUGAAAGUAGCUUCACCAACAGAAUAAAAGGGCUGUAAUGCAGGACCACCUUGACACAUGCAGGGAGAUGCUGCACUGCAUCUGCAGGACAGAUAGACGCCUUAACAACUGAAGACUGCAUGACUGAAACCAACUCCUGGAUAGAAGAAUGUAUUUUUAACAUGAGAGAAUCUCUUCUACAAAGAUUCUGAAGAGAAGGGGAAUGAUAAGAAAACAAUGACCUCGACUACGAUGGACACAGUUGGAUGAGAGUCUACAGCACUUAAAGGAAGCAUGGAGAAAACAGCGUUGGUCAGGUAAUAAGAUGAUGAAGCCCUAAUAAAGAACUGAAGACAGCACACAGAGAUGAGAAAAAUGUCUGCAGCAAGAGAGGAGCUACAGGAGGCCUUGUGCCAGUACAUGAAAGAUACCCUCAGUUACAUUUACACACUAAAAGAAUUUAGUGAGAGGCUCCCUGAGUGGAUAGAUUCAAUGGACACAGAGUUGAGGAAGAUGACAGAUAUCAAAGACAGAGGUGACAAAAUCAACCUGAGCCUCAGCAAUUUUUCUAAAUAUAUAAGAAGCAAGUUGACCCUAAAGUCUGAUAGCUGCAAGCGUGAAGAGCUGGAGAAGGAGCUGGCUGCUGUGUUGAAGGACACUCUGGGAGGCCUGGAGAAGCUUGACCGCUUCCUGGAUGCAGUGGAGAAGCUGGCAGUCACCUCACUGCAUCUGUUUAAGGAGAACCAAGUAUUGAAUUUACCCCAAGAGAUCAGCCCUGACACUGUUCAGGUUUGCAUCAUUGCUGCACAGCUGGUCUGCCCACUCCUCCUGGAGUUUAAAAGAGAUGGAAACAUCUUCUUCCUUCCCAGACUUCAGAAUGUGGAAGUGCUGGCCUAUCAGUUGGACAAAUACGUCCAGACCACCCAGAAGAUCUGUGACAAGUUCAAGAAAAGCUGUUUCAGUGAGUUUUCCCUGAAGAUAGCUAUGAAUAGUGUGGUAGACCUUGAUGUGAAUUUGCCUGAAGAUGAAAUACGAAGGAUGCUUUCUCACAUUAAUCAGCUUGAGGAAAUCAGGAUGGACCAGCACUUCCGGAUGGUGUUCUUGUUCAAGGAGAAAUCUUGUUGUGACUUCAUCAGUGAGUUCAACGAACGACAGCCCAGGAUGCUGAAGUUUCUAAGCGACCUGGAGGACACUGCUGUUCAGCUAGACAGGAUGAAUACAGGGGCAAAGGCCUCCAGUGUGGCAGGAAGCUCAGUGGGGGCAAUUGGAGGUAUUCUUUCCAUCGUUGGUUUGGCAUUAAUUCCAGUAACAGCUGGAGUGUCUCUAACUCUGACAAUGACUGGGGUGGGGCUUGGUAUUACCAGCGGAGUUAACAGCGCUGUCACCACACUCACAGAGAUUGGAGUCAACAGGAGACAUCAGAGGAGAGCCAAUGAAGCCUUCCAGUGUUUCAUGGAGGAUGUGCAACAUCUCCAGAAUUGUCUGGAGGAGGUGUCCAGUCAAACAGAAUCCAUAAAAGAAGCAAGUAAGAAAGAUGUGUUUGUGGUAGUGGGAAAGAUUGCUACUACUGUUGGUGGUGUUGGAAAAGGCAUAGACUCACUUGUUGAUGUUGCCUCUGCUGUUAAGUUGUUGAAAAAUGAAGGGCUGAUUGCAAGUGCUGGCAAGGUGGUGGCCCAGGAGGGUAAAGCAUUACGUAACGUACCCAGGGUGGCAUCUGAUAUCCCAGAUAUUGGUCAGGCAGCACUCAAAGGGCCCCUUGCUUUGACCAAUUCAGCCAGGGCUGGUUUCAUUGCGCUCAAUGCUCUUUUCCUUGGCAUGGACAUCUUCUUUGUGUGUAAAGAUAGCAUCAGUCUGGCCAAAGGCAGCAAGACUGAAGUCUCACAGUUCAUCAGAGCCAGAGCUGCACUUUGGCACUCAGAGAUGAACUCGUGGCAGAAGAUUCGCAGUUCACUGCGUCAGGGUCUGCUGACAUCACAGAAAAAACAAGCUGUCCUGGAGACACCAUUUGAGCCAGAGAUAUGGAGAUCAAGAAAAAUAAAGUAUGCACACCUUAGUCACGUACUGGUUAAGAUGCAUGCCACAUAAUUGCAACAUACGUGAUUUUGAUUCCGGCAGCGGGCCUUUGUUGCAUGUCAUUCCCUGUCUCUCGCUCUCCCUUUGUUUCCUGUCAUAUCUCAACUGUCUUUGUCCAAUAAAGGCAUGAAAUGCCCCAAAAUAUGUAAAGAAAGAUAAAGAAACAGAAAUGGAAUUUCCAUACGACAGAGUGGAUGAAAAAGUGAAAGAAACACUGUUUUGUGUAAUAUGGUUGAACCAAAAGUAGUCUCACAAUGUGCCUUUUUGCCAACUUUGAUUAAUGUGAAUGAACCAUGUAUAAAAAUUCAAUCUUGCUAAUAGCUGUAAAUCAUUGAUCACUACUGAAAAUCAUUUAAGUCUGUCUUGGAGGAAUUCUUAAUUAGUUGCAUUUCUAAUGACAUAAAAUGAUGUAUUGAGUCUGUAUGUUUUUCUUCCUUGACUGGAUUUUUAUACCUUUUGCCAACUUUGAAGCUUGUUUAAAUACAUAACAUCUGCAUUUCACUGAUUUGAUUAAGAAUAAUAGUAUGUGAAGAAUGAGAAUACUACUUUAAACAGAAGAGUUGCCAUUUGCAAACAUGUGCAAUGCUCUAUUGUAUGUUCUACCACACAAACAGAGCACAAUACUUACAUUACAUUGUAUUAGAAUGAUGCUACGUGCCUUUUUUGCUUCAUUUGUUAGACACCAAGUAGCCAUAUAAAUGUGUUUUGAUGUGUUUUGUUUUUCUUUAUACAAUGUUGGAUAAUGUUUCAUAAAGUGGAAGCAGUUUUCCAAAGAUGUGUGUCCACGGAGGUAACUGCUUUACCUGUCUUUGUAAUGUCUUAUUUUUGUAAUGCUUGAUUUAAUAAUGAAACUAUAUCACCGUUUUCACUAUCUUUGCCAUCUUAUUAUUCUGAUUUGAGAAAAGGUCUGUAUUCA